AGCGGGUAAAAAUGGCGGCGUCUAUGAGCAACGUGGAUGAGAUCCGUGACAGGGUGAUUUUGGGUGAAUUUGGCGUGAAAAAUGUCCAUUCUACAAAUUUUCCCGGUAAUUAUCCUGGAUAUGAUGACACAUGGGACCUCAAUAACUUCAAAAAGAAUUUCAGGCUCGAUGUUGUUCAUAUGGAUGAGAACACGUUGGAGUUUGAUAUGGUGGGAAUAGACGCUGCCAUUGCCAAUGCUUUCAGGCGGAUAUUAUUAGCUGAGGUCCCAACUAUGGCUGUUGAAAAGGUUUUCAUUUACAACAAUACAUCUAUAAUUCAAGAUGAGAUCUUAGCACACCGACUUGGCUUGGUACCCAUCAAAGCUGAUCCUCGUCUUUUUGAGUAUAGAAACACCGGAGAUGAGGAAGGCACAGAAAUUGACACAAUUCAGCUUCAGUUGAAGAUCAAGUGCACAAGGAAUCCCAGAGCAUCUAAAGAUGCCUCUGAUCCCAAGGAGUUAUACCUCAAUCACAUGGUGUAUUCCAGGGACAUGAAGUGGGUACCUAUUGGAAAUCAGGCUGACGUGUUUGCUGAUGCUAAUAUUGGUCCCGUGCAUGAAGACAUCCUCUUGGCGCAGCUCCGGCCAGGUCAAGAGCUGGAUAUAGUUAUGCACUGCGUUAAAGGAAUAGGUAAGGAUCAUGCUAAGUUUUCCCCAGUGGCCACCGCUAGUUAUAGGCUACUUCCUGAGAUCACAUUACUGCAGACCAUUGAAGGAGAAAAAGCUGAGAGAUUAAAGCGCUGCUUCUCACCUGGAGUUAUUGCAUUGGAGGAUGUUAAUGGAAAACAAGUGGCCAAGGUAAUCAACAGUCGUUUGGAUACGUGCAGCAGAGAAGUGCUUAGACAUGAUGACCUAAAGAGCUUGGUCAAACUCGGAAGAGUACGGGACCACUUCAUAUUUUCAGUGGAGUCUACUGGAAUUUUACCACCUGAUGUCUUGGUCAGUGAGGCAAUCAAUGUACUCAUAGCAAAAUGCCAGAAAUUUCUGACUAAGCUUGACUCAAUGACUGACAUGGAAUAAAUGGAGGGACAUUAUACUGAAAUGGAAUAGAGGAACCAACCCACAACUCUCACAACCUUAAAUGUGUUGUAAUGUUGGGUAGUGAAAGCAGUGUAUAUUAGGAAGUGUCUUCUUCUCCAACCAUAACAGCCUUGAAUUCGACAGGAACGCUUGAUGAUAUUAGAUCCUUAUCAGCACAGAUUUCAAUGUUAGGUUAAAUGGACAUGACUACAAGAGGAAGUGAUCUAUUCAUAUUCUUAAAGCAUCUACUUAAAGCAGCUGUGGCAUUGUUUGGCUGGUCCUGAUAAAUGAUUAUGAGCUUAAGCUUUAUUUUUGGCAAUCGCCCAUGUCUAGACGAAGGCAUCAGUGGUCUGCUGAGACUCACUGUUCAUAUUUCUCCAUAAAUUUGUUUGACAUAAAACAUUUUGCAUUGUUUGUAUUAAAGUUAUUGACAAAAUGUCAUCUGAUACUUCCA